ACUCAUUUUCUUACCAUGCACUAUCCUUAAAUUUUGUAGUGUAUAGUCGUGCACCAUAUUAUAUCCAAUCCUUUGAUUUCGUCAAGCUCUGCAAGAUGAUUUAAGGUUGGUCUUUGUCAUGAGAACCCCAAGUGUGUAGAGAAUAUGCAGAUUAUUGCACCGAACCUUCUAAGACUUAUACCCCUCAUAAUUCACAUUAUAUGAAAAAUGUUGAACUUUGACAACUUGAGUUAUAGAGAUGAUCUUGCCAAGGGAAAGUAACUUAUUCUUUGGUAGUAUAUUCCAGCAAAUAAUUCACGGUCUGAGGGAGCCUCAGGUAUGAAUGGCUAAUACCCCUCUUGCCAAUACUGGUUUGUUCAUGAAAUAAUACACCAGAAAGGCUUAGCGUCGCUGAGCAACAGGCUUCGAGAUAGUAACCAGGGAGAUGGUGGUUCCGUCAACUCUUAAGAAGUCUUUCCACAGACAACCAAACUCUUCCAACAUGUACCUUGAUUACCUUUGAAGGGACAAUUGUAAUUGUUCCAUUCCCACUUCCACUUCCACUUCUACUUCCACUCCCCUCUCGCACAGCUUCAAACUUCUUUCAAGAAACAACCACAUCUUGGAAAAACUGUACAGCUACUCACCUAUUUGAGAUUACUGUAUCCUAGUACAGCACCACGCUCUUUUUCCACCGAGGGCUCGCAGAAAUCGCAACUGCAAACCAGUGAUCAUCAGCAAGAUGUCUUACAAUAACACGAACACGAAAUACAACCCUUUCUGGUACAACCAGUAUCCUUCCGAUCUGAAUGCUAACUCGAGUAGCAAUGGCGCAAAUGGUAAGACUUAAGAUCCGUCGAUUUCUCCUCGACCUGCUUUCUUUAACCCCCCGAAUACAUGGUGGCUAAUCGUAUCUUAUAGGUGCGCUACAGGCCGGUACGAGCAACCUUACGACUCCCACUUUUCCGACACCCAUCGAAAAUCAGGGAGAAUGGCCUAUCGAAAAUAGCCAGGAUGUAGAAGGCCUACCACAAGGCUGGAACCCAAAUUCGAGCGUACUCUCGAGCAUACUUCCUCCCACAUCUCUACCCCAGAUGCCAUCUUCCCCCAACCUCAUAAAUCCAACUAUGCGAGGUUUUGGCACAGAAGAAUAUGGACGGCUCCCUGACGUGAUGGGUUUACGGAGUGACUCACGUCAUGGCCAGGAUUCUCCUUCCUUCUUUGACCCGAAUUUCACUCGCAUUUCUGGCGGCGGUAACUUUUUUACUCGAGAGCAGGACAUGUCAACACAUAAAUUCAUCGACAACUUUGGCUUAGGUUCCACGACAUCUCGCUUCCAUAUGCACACUGAUUUGGCAUAUUCUUUUGAUAACCAUAAUUCAACUGCUGACGGUGGUAUCCCCGCAGACCCGCAAUCACCAAAUGAUGUUGGCAAUUCUUCCUUCAACAUCUCCACUCAGUUUGCUACAGGGUCCCAGGAUGUUGAAGCUCCACAACAAGAGUCAACGCUGCAAGAUGGAAAAUAUCAACCUGAUACUUCUUCUAAAGAGACCACAGCAGCUCAGCCUAGCCGUGCAACAAGCGUGUCUAAUUUGAAACCUGAAGAGAGCCGAAGUAUGACUGAAGCAUUUCCAUAUGCAGCAAGACCUCCCAUUGCUGCCACUGGUUUCCAUAUGCAGUCGGCUUUUGACGCUUUGCGUGGACCAACUCCACCAGUUGGAUAUAACCACUCGACAACUUUCGGUAACUGGCAACUGGAUGGUCAAUCAAUGGACUCAGCAGUUGAUAGUGAUGCUCCUGGUCCACAGCCUUCAAAUGAUGCCCACAACGCUUCUUCUUACACACUGGUUCAAGGUGCCGGGGAUGUCCAAGAAGUGCAACCCCAACAACAACCUUCACAAGAAGCGGGGCAGCAUCAAAGUGCUUCUGGCAGCGUGUCACCAACAAAUCAACAGAAAGUUGCAUUGCACGAAAGUACACCAAGAGUUACAAAUGAUCGGAGGUCCAGUGAUGCGACUCCCAUCCUAGCUCAGGAGCCUACGACUACAAAUUGGCCACCUGCAGGUAAUCAUCCAGAGUCUCACCAGGGAGGCCAAACUCCAGGUGUCGAACAAUCCAGUCAUGCUGGACAGCAGCGACAUAGACGCUAUGGAGCUACUUCUGAACAUCCUGGCAGCCGACCAGGUGUUGUAUCUCACCCAACAUUCGGAUAUCCUCAAGGCUCACGUGAAAAUACUUUUCAGCAGCUGGAAGAUCAAGUUUCACCGCUAGGUUUCGCAUGUGGGGGUAUCAGACGCCCAGGACUUGCGGGAGGACCAGCCUCCUUCCGUCUUCUUGCACCUGCUUCAUCGACAGCAACACCACGACAGAUGACACAGCAAGGCAGACAAUCCAAACAACAAGGUCAACAGUCAGCACAGCAAAGCGCACUAACCACGUCGUGGAAUCAACCUACUCCCCAAUGGCAAAUCCCACAAACCCAGAGUCAUUCCCAGGCAAGCACCUCCAAAGAACCUUUCCAUCGCACGCUUCCAAGUAGAUUAGGCCUCGCAUUCGCUUCUCUUGCCAAUGUGGCCCCAGCAAAUCAAUUCAUGGAAUCAGUCUCCAACAUGCAUCUUUUAGAUAAAAUGGCAUGUGUUGAUGUAUUAAUGCGUUCCGACCUCUUGAGAGAAUACAUGAAGCCACAUCUCUUCGAAGAGCACAAUCUGGGUUGUGAGAAGGGCAAAAAGUAUAGGGCGGCGACUCUUCACGGUUUGGACACGAAUGCAAAGAUCGACGAAACGCAGAGAACGUACGAAGCCCAGAAUCUGAAGCGAAAGCGUGAGUUCCAAGACAAGCAGAUUAAGAACGAGUGCCGCAGAAGAGAAAAUGCUGCUAGAAUGACGGCUGGUGCUUCUGAAGUUGCUGGGAUGACUCAAAGCGGUAGCAAGCGUCCGCGCCAGGCAUUUGGUUCUGAUCAUGAUUUUCGUUAUGAAAUUAGCGACGACCAACUCGACUCCAAUGACGAUUCUGACGGUGAUUCAUCUGUUCCUCCGCGCAACUCCCCAAAGAAGCAUCGAAUUACUGGACCUACACCUUCAGAUCUCGUGAAUAAAUUCUGCAGCUCCGUGAACAUUGGAAAUCGAAACCCAUUCUUCGAUGAUCCUAUCCACUCCAAGUUGCGCAAUCUCAACACUGUUCAACUUAUCGAUCCUGCACCAGAAUAUAUGGAGCGAAAUGGUGAGAUCGCCGACACCAAAGUUGAACACUGGCGAGCUUGUGCUGGUCAGGCUGCUGGUACGGUGUUGGAGCAAGGAAAGAAUUGCAAGAACUGCGUUGAUCAUAUGGAGGAAGGGUCUGUGCCAUUUUCGAGCUGUGUCGUUAUUGACGCUACAAAGCUGGCUGGGCAAGAGCUGAAGGGUGCUUGUAUGAACUGCGUUUAUCUUGGUAAGGAUCAAGAGUGCAGUCUUCGACGUGUUGAGAUCGAGGAAACUGGAGCUCAAUAAGCUCGAGGUCUAUAGAGCUGGGUAGCUAGGAAAAGCUGCUUAUUAAGGCGAGAAAGUCGGGCUCAAUAGAUUUGAGGUCUGUGAAGCUGGGAAAUUGCUUGAAGUUCUUGCCAAUUUGUUGAGGUGUGGGGCUGUGCUGGAUUCACUUUCGUUAUCAGAAUUCUUCGAAGAAGGAUUCGGAUCUCGGCAUUAUCACAUCCGAAGGAAAUGAGAACGUCUUCAGGAAUAUAUGAAAACCAGAUACAAGAGCUAAUGGUUCUGAUGGUUCAUCUCGCCGUGCCUGGAAGUUUGGUGGAGCUUUGACAUGAAUUUGUAUUGGAAUACCAGCGCUGCUGCUAAGAUAGCACAGAGCAGUUUUCAACGCCUGUGAGUGUGCAACGAGGAAAACAUAGAUGCGACUAUCUAUUUGACUAUCCAAAGCUUCUGAUGAGUACUACCUCGGGAGGAAUCUCACACUGCUUUUAUUUUAUGAUUUAAUCAAAAUGAAUCA